CCCCGGUGCAGGCCAUGGCCGGCUGCUGCCUGUCGGCCGAGGAGAAGGAGUCGCAGCGCAUCAGCGCCGAGAUCGAGCGGCAGCUGCGGCGGGACAAGCGGGACGCCCGCCGGGAGCUGAAGCUGCUGCUGCUGGGUAGCACCUUUUGUGACGCUAAGGCCUCUGCAGCAGGAGCUGGCUUUCCUUACUUGGCAGACAUGUACAGGUCCCAGCUUCCAUCUGUAAGUGCACGGGAGAAAGUGGAAAGAGUACUUUCAUUAAACAAAUGAGGAUUAUUCAUGGAUCAGGUUACACAGAAGAAGACAGAAAAGGCUUCACAAAACUGGUUUACCAAAAUAUAUUUACUGCCAUGCAAGCUAUGAUCAGAGCCAUGGACACACUCAAAAUACAAUAUACAUCUGAAGAGAAUGAGGAGAGUGCUCAGAUGAUCAGAGAAGUGGAAGUGGAUAAAGUGACAGUGCUGGAAAUAAAGCAAGUUGAAGCAAUCAAGAAUCUCUGGAAAGACCCAGGAAUUCAAGAGUGUUACGACCGACGGAGGGAGUAUCAGCUCUCAGACUCUGCUAAAUAUUAUUUUACUGACAUCGAUCGUAUUGCUAUGCCCUCAUUUGUGCCAACUCAGCAAGAUAUUCUUAGGGUCCGAGUGCCAACUACAGGAAUUAUCGAAUAUCCUUUUGAUUUAGAAAAUAUUAUAUUUAGGAUGGUGGAUGUAGGUGGCCAAAGGUCAGAAAGAAGGAAGUGGAUUCAUUGUUUUGAAAGCGUUACUUCCAUCAUUUUCUUAGUUGCAUUAAGUGAAUAUGAUCAAGUCUUGGCAGAAUGUGACAACGAGAAUCGAAUGGAAGAAAGCAAGGCCUUAUUUAAAACUAUCAUUACAUACCCCUGGUUUCUGAAUUCUUCGGUCAUUUUGUUUUUAAAUAAGAAAGAUCUUCUCGAAGAGAAAAUCAUGUAUUCGGAUCUAAUUAGUUACUUUCCAGAAUACACGGGACCUAAACAAGAUGUCAAAGCUGCCAGAGACUUCAUUUUGAAGCUGUAUCAGGAUCAGAACCCUGACAAGGAGAAAGUAAUUUACUCCCACUUCACCUGUGCCACAGACACAGAAAAUAUUCGUUUUGUCUUUGCUGCUGUCAAGGACACAAUCCUGCAACUAAACCUGAGGGAGUUCAAUCUGGUUUAAAUUAAAAACAUGCUUGUAUCCACUGAGUGUGAUUUACUCAUAGCACAGCCUGUAUUGAUUUAAAAAAA